GUUAUUCAUGUUUUGUUGUCAUUCUGGUUGAUUAAAUGGUCUGUAUGAAGGGAGAAAUGUUAAGAAAUUUUUUUUUUUCUUUUUUUGAAGAUUUAUGUUUAGAAUUUUUUUGGUAUUGUUAAUUUUCUGGAAAAAAACAGAGAAAAAAAGAGGUGAUUGUGAGUAGAUAGAUAGGUUUUAAUGGAAAAUGUAACGUCGAGCGUGGCUGCAAAAUUUGCGUUUUUUCCACCAGACCCACCAACCUAUGAUGUUUUUAAAGAUGGAGAAGGGAAGGUAGUAUUUUCAGAGGUUUCCGCUGAUAAAAAUAUGGAAUCUCAUUUGCUUGAUACCAAAGGGGGUAAUAAAAUUGUUGUCAGUUUUUGGAAACACCCUAUUGCUAGAUUUACUAUUCUAUAUUCUCAUGGCAACGCCGCUGAUUUGGGUCAGAUGCAAGAACUCUUCAUCGAGCUCAGAGCUCAUCUUCGUGUAAACAUCAUGAGUUACAAUUACUCAGGAUAUGGAGCCUCCUCUGGCAAGCCAUCUGAGUUCAACACAUACUAUGACAUAGAAGCGGUGUAUAAUUGCUUGAAGAGAAAUUAUGGAUUUAAGCAGGAGGAUAUAAUCCUGUAUGGCCAGUCUGUUGGGAGCGGACCUACAUUACAUUUGGCUUCACGUCUUCCUCGAAUCAGGGCUGUUAUCCUUCACAGUGUAAUACUUUCAGGCAUUCGGGUGUUGUAUCCUAUCAAGGUCACACUCUGGUUUGACAUAUUUAAAAACAUUGACAAAAUACGACAUGUAAAUUGCCCAGUUCUUGUUAUACAUGGGACUAGUGAUGAUAUCGUGGAUUGGUCUCACGGUAAGCGCUUAUGGGAAUUGUCCAAGGAAAAGUACGAUCCCCUAUGUAUUAAAGGUGGUGGACACUGUAACUUAGAAACUUAUCCGGACUUCAUCAAGCACUUGCGAAAGUUCAUGAAUGCAAUGGAGAAGCUUACAAUUGUAAAGCCACCAAAACAGAAUUCCACUUCAAACUCGACUAUCACUGAAUCAAAACACAAUAAGUGCUUGAGAUUUGGGAAAAGAUAACAGAUACUGCAUGUUAGUGUAUUUAUUUUCUUUUUCCAAAUAGGUGGGCCAUCGGGGAAUCCGCAGGAAAAGCAAGAGAAAACAUCCUCUCACUUGCUUCUUCCAGUAACCCAAGUUAAGGUUUGCAUGCUGCCUCUUCACAUUGGUUGUGUUCCAGAGAUAGAAAAUAAAAAAUUUGAUCACUGCAAAUUGAAAGCAACACUGAUUUCAAAGUCCAUGGGAAGGGUGAAAAGUUGUUUUACAAGAUCAGGAUUUAAAAGAUAUGUACCUUCAUUCCAUAGGUGGAUUUGAUGUAUAAAAUUGCAAUACUAGAUCAGAUUCAGAAUGAGAAAAGUGAAGGAGCAACAUCAUUCUAGAGAUCAUUUUUUCUUUACCAGUUGAUAACCAAACUUUAGUUUGUUGUGAUGGAGCAUCAAGAGGUAACUAUGGUUGAGCUUGUUAUGUUUACUAAACAGAAUCUACAAAGGAGACUUGUUUUUGCUAAAUCAGGAAGGUUGGGCAUUGCAACCAAUUUUAGUGCAAAAGUCAUGGUAGUUAUAUAUGUUUCUGAAUGGGCUGUGGAGUUUGGAGUUAGAAAUCUGCUUGUUCAUUUUGACCCGAAAUCUGCCAUUUCAAUUUAUUCUCUGAAAUGAUUCUUUGGUUCGUGAAAGCAAGAUGAAAUAAAAUCUGUAAAAUCUUGAGAAUAAUUCAGUUUGUGUAUACAUUUCGAGAAGUAAACUUCUUAGCGGAUAAAUUAGCUAAAAGAGGUGCAGAUAUGGAAAGAGGUGAGGAAAUUGUAUAUAUUAAUAAUUAAGCCUUCCUUUUUAUCUAGUUUAGAUUCACGGUCGAGAUGAACUAUCACAUCUACCGAUUAUAUGCUAAUGUUAAAAAACAUCGAACACAAUUUAAAUCCAUACUCAAUAUAUACUCGAGUUAAGAAUGAGUAUGAUUUCAUACUCGAUUGUUUCGUACUCCACACUUGAGUAUGAAAUACUCAAGUAAGCAAUUUCUUGCUUAUUGAAGUUAUUACAAAUGAUAGUAGAUUUUUGGACUUUUUGGUUCAAAUGAGUCGACAUAUGAGGAAGCUUAUGUGUUCUUGCUUCUUUAGCAAUUGAGUCUGCUGCUGCAUUAUGUUUCUUGUUGAUAUAUUGUUCUCGAGCUUGUGGAAGAUUUUGAAGAAUA